AUUCAGUCUCUUCACUUGAGCUGUGAGCCUCUCAGACAGUCCAAAGAAAGUUUCAUUUGAGCAGCAGGCCACUCUCCUUUCUUCUGUGAAGACUAAAUAUUGUUAUGUUUUUCACACUAUGUGCUGAACGCCCGCAAUGCCAGAAAAUAUUUAACAGUUGUCAUCUUUGGAAGAGCAUCGUCGGUUCCAGUGGAACCUAUAGGACUUGCCGUAUCGUUUUGCACGAUCUAAAAACAAAUGCAAGAACUGCAGCAAUAACCAUAAAAGUUGGGGACUGGUGCAUCGCCGACUGCUCUUCGUCACAAUGCCUGUACAAGCCCCGCAAUGGACCGAGUUCCUCUUGUGUGACAUCUGCACACAAACAUUCGAGGAGACCCAUCGCAAGCCCAUCAGUCUGGGCUGUGGUCACACCGUGUGCAAAAUGUGCCUGAACAAACUGCAUCGCAAGGCCUGCCCCUUCGACCAGACGGCCAUUAACACCGAUAUCGAGCUGUUGCCCGUCAACACCGCCCUGCUACAGCUUGUCAGCGGACAGGUUCCAACCCCCCAACCGGUCACUUUACUGACAGCUGCAGAGGACAUCAAGAACUAUGAGGAGUCUCGCACAUGUGUGGAGGACCUGGCCCUUUACCUCAAACCCCUGAGCAACACCAGAGGUGCAGUGGUGAAUGGUGCCGCUCAGAGCGUGCUCAGCAGACCCAUGCAGAGGAAACUGGUGACCCUGGUUCACUGCCAGCUGGUGGAGGAGGAGGGGCGUAUCAGAGCCAUGCGGGCGGCCCGGUCUCUGGGCGAACGCACUGUCACCGAGCUCAUCCUCCAGCACCAGAACCCCCAGCAGCUCUCGUCUAACCUGUGGGCAGCAGUCAGAGCCAGAGGCUGCCAGUUUCUCGGCCCAGCCAUGCAAGAAGAGGCUUUAAAGCUUGUCUUGCUCGCUCUGGAAGAUGGCUCAGCCCUCUCACGAAAGGUUCUGGUAUUGUUUGUGGUCCAAAGACUCGAACCACGCUUUCCUCAGGCCUCAAAAACUAGCAUUGGGCACGUGGUGCAGCUCCUAUACAGGGCCUCCUGCUUCAAGGUGACAAAGCGCGAUGAGGAUUCGUCUCUAAUGCAACUAAAGGAGGAGUUUCGCACAUACGAGGCUCUCCGGAGAGAGCACGACUCACAGAUCGUACAGAUCGCUAUGGAGGGUGGACUACGUAUCGCCCCUGACCAAUGGUCCUCUUUGCUGUAUGGGGACCAGUCUCAUAAAUCCCAUAUGCAGUCUAUUAUAGAUAAGUUACAGACGCCGGCAUCCUUCGCUCAGAGCGUUCAGGAACUAACCAUAGCCCUGCAAAGAACCGGAGAUCCAGCCAAUCUGAACCGGCUCAGACCUCAUCUGGAGCGGCUGGCUGAUAUCGAUCCCAGUCCAGAUGCCCCUGCACCCACAUGGGAGCAGCUAGCCAAAGGGUUAGAAGCGGUGCGUACAGUGGUACAUGGCCUGGUGGAUUUCAUCCAAAACCACAGCAAAAAAGCAAGUGAUCAGCAGCAGCCAUCCCAACACAGCAAGUUCAAGACCUACAUGUGCCGGGACAUGAAACAGAAAGGAGGGUGCCCUCGCGGAGCAAGCUGCACCUUCGCCCACUCUCAGGACGAACUGGAAAAGUACCGCAAGAUGAAUAAACGCUUGGGAAUGCGGCGUCAGCUCAGCCAGUCCUUGACCCAGCUGAACGAGAUCGACCUCCCCUCGGGUUUGUUUACUGAGGAGAUCUCGUUGAUCGAGGGACUUCCGCGCAAGUCCGCCUCCAUCACCAACGGCAUUUUAGCAGCAGGCCCUGGAUCCACUCUGGCCCACUUGGUUUCCAGAGGUUCAGAUCCGUUGUAUGACCCAUCCCACAAGCCAGGAAAGAUGGACUCGGGGAGCCAUAGCGCACCGGGAUCACCUCCAGACUCCAGAUUGGAAUGCAUCCCAAAAGCAGGAAUGAGCAUAAGUUCCCACUCCAGGAUGGCAGGCGAUGGCGUAGUUGGACAAAAGCACAUGUCUGCAGUUCCUCGAGUUCCUCACAUGUAUCCACCACACCAAUCUGACAUUUACUACUCUGAAACCAGAGGACCACCACCACCAUCCUCUCAAUAUGAAUCCUCCCAGUACCCAGCAGGUAAUCCUUACCCUCACCAUCACGCCCAUCCACGCUACGCCCGUCACCCUGCUCCACCUCUUGAUCCAGGCAUGCCACCUUAUCAAGACACGUAUUCAAGCUCUUACACCUCAGAACGCCAGUAUUCCAGCUCCCAUUACGGAUACCCCUCCCACCACGACGGACGGCGCCACCCGGCCUACGCAGGUCACGCCCAUCCCCAAGCGUUUCCACGGGAGGAGUUAGUGAAGAGGAGUCCGGCACCCUUGGAUGUCCCACCACUACAGUCCCAAAACGCCACCUCAUACCUUCCAGAAUCAGCUCAGGAGAGAUACGCGUCGGAAAACUAUAACCACUCUAGGAAUUAUCACAGGAGUGCCUAUGCUCGUUCGCAACCCUCCCUAGACUACCUACACCGCCGCCGACAGGAGAUCAUGGCUCAGCUAGAGGACAGAAAGGUCUCCCCUUCGCCGUUCGGCUCCACAACCUCACUCACACACUCGUACGACCCCAGCUACCCACAGGACACGAGGGGACAAAGUCAUUAUAUGGAGGAGAACUCCUACGGUUUCGGACAUGGCAGAGAGCAGGACUACACUGCCCCAUAUUCACCUUGGUCAUGCGACACCAUUGGGUCUUACAUCGGCAGCAAAGAUAUGAAAUCCAAAGAGGGCAUGAGCUCAAUGGAACCAAAUCCAGACAAAGGCAGAGGGAUAAGACCCCACGGGUUGGAGGUUCAGCGCAGAGCCGCAGACGCCAAAGACGAUGACCCCAUCAUUCCCUUUGGCUCGCUGCCGACCGUGUCUCGCUUCGGUGCCAUCUCGCGCACGUCUAAACCAGGCUACCCGCCAAACAGCCCGAUGCCAAACCCAGCAAAACAUACAGCUUCUGCAGCUGACUACGCUUACGGAAACCACAGCGGGUGGAGCGGGGACUCCUACCAGCACCACCAGAUGUCUCAAGGGCAAUUCAGCGAGCGGUCCGGUCUGUCCCCGGCGGUCCAGGCACGGGAGCAACUGAGGAAGGAGCUGCAGCAGGUCAACCAGCAGAUCAAUCAACAGACGCAGAGCCGCGGGAUGGAGAACUCGAGCUCUCGAGCUGACUGGUCAUCUGGGAGUCUGUCGAGCGAACAGCUGAGUCUAGAGCUUCACCAGGUGGAGCGAGAGAUCGACAAGAGGACACAGGAGAGGGCCAUGGACAACCACGAGGGCAAGUACAAGCUCGUGUCAGUCGAAAAUGGCCAGGACGCUAUGAGGCGAGACGAGCACCCACUGACUCUCAGUGAGGGCUCCAAUGGACUCCCGCAAGACCGCAGUCUCAUGAGCAGCAGCAUGUCCUCCCUGACCAGCAAAACAUCAUCUCUCAGUUUGUCCUCCGAGCAAGUGGCCAGCAGUCCUGAUCUGCCCAAGAACGGAGUUCACACCUAGACCACAUCUCUUUCUACCUCAGCCAUCACCGACCCAUCUCUGGAGCUCUUGCUAACCCACCGACUCGUCUAUCCCAGGUUAACUCGUCUGCAACAGGGUACUUCGCAUACCCAGCCAUCUUUUGCACUUCAGUUUCACUUCCAUCUCAAAUGUGGGCGGAGUCCAGCAGGAUUCGCCAUGCGUGAGCUUCGACAGACUUGCGCAAUCACGGCCCACAUUCAGUUUCCCGAAUCUCUUCGCAGCAGUAUCUGCUGUCGAGCGCUUUCAUCAUUUUUUUAAAUUCUGUGAAUCACGUUUUCCUGAAACAAGCCUUUAUUCAUUGCCUUGUAAAUCAGGGUGAAUAGGAAAUAUACUCAGUCUUAAGUUUUUAUUAGGCAACAGUUGACAGUAACGAUGAUUUUUUGUUACGUUGUGGUUUAUUUUGUAAUUGGAAGUCCACUUUUUUAGCACAACAUGCUACUUUUUGGUAGUUGCGUUGUAGCUCGGUGUUUACACAGCAUUCAAGAACCAUUUUACAAAAACUACGGACCUGUCGCAUAUUUAUCCAAUAGCCAGCCACCAAAUAAUCAUUCAUGUUUUAUAUGUCAGGCUUUAAACAAAUCCGCUUUUUUUGAGGCUGAAUGCAGUGUCUAAUGGAAUGGACAUCAUGAUUCAACUUUAUAAACCCAAAUGUUUGCCAAAUUAAUUUUAAUUCAGUACAUUCCCACAAAUACACAAAAGCCCAUGGGAUUUCGAUUGAACUUCUCCUUUUUCUUCGUCUUUUUAUGUAGAUUCAUUGAUACUGUCCUCAGGGAUUAUUUAUUUAUUUUCCAGACACACAUCAAAUGUUCCUACUUAAAUCUAAUAUAAAUGGGUAUAAAUGACAUUUUCCAUCCUGAGGAUGGAAACAGGUGCGUUAUGAUAAAAAGAUACAUUCUGUUUUAAGAAUACGUAUGUAAUGAUUGCUCUUCACUUUCUUAGUGAAAUACAUCUCGUUUAUGUGCGUUUUUUUUUUUUUUAAGGUAACCAAGAAGUGCAUGGAUGUUGAUGUUCCAUCCAAAAGAAUAGACUUUGAUCCUUUUAUAGCUACCAUAAGACUCCAUUCUCAUUUCUUUUGGCUUUGAAGUUUAAAGAACUUGGCCGGGUUCAAUCGAAUUCCCAUACAAAUCCCCUACAGGCCUCGGCUCUGUUGAUCCGAGGCAUCGUUGAGCAUCUUGUCCAUUCCACACCUAAGAUCUUUCAAUAUUUUUACACGGUCGGCAUAUUUUAUAUUUAUGCAUUACUGACCAGAUUUUUGGCUGUAAUGUUGUUGGGUUUGAACAUAAUGGGGUAGCUAAACAUCAUUGGCUGUUAAAUUUAGUCGAUAUAAAAAAAUCAGGUUGUAGUUUAACGUAACACUCAUUUGGCCUUUUGCUAAAACUGACGGAAACCAUUUUUUUUUUUCAAUUUUUCAAUUUUUCAAUAUUUUUUUUUCAAACGGUAGUAUUAUGCGACAUGGUACAAUAGACAACUAUUCUUAUCAGUAAAGCAUUAUCAAACUAUUUCUAAAAUAUUUCAUAUUUGCCUCCUAACAUAUCAUGUUAUCGUCAGCAAAUGACUGCGAUUUUUAACGCAGCCGUCUCAAAAUCUCAAACUUGUUUUCAUCCAUGUGGACUUCCUUACGAAAACUUGCGAAACACUGUCAUGCUUUUGUAACUUGGCUUGAAGUUUGAAAGUAGUUUAUUUUUAUUUUAUUUCUGCCAGUAUAUAAUGGUCUCUUGAGACACGCUAUCACGAUCUUAAAAGCACCUAUUAUGGUGAAACUCGCAGUUGCUAAUGUUUUUACAUUCAUUCUUUAGUUAUCGUUGUUAUGGUGUUACUACGGCUUUCGACGUUAAAGCAAUCGUCAAGAUUGGAUAUUACGACUUUGUUUAGACAACAAAUGUAGAUCUGUGUGGCACAGUGUGGAAUGUAUAAACAGUACGAAUUUACCCGGACUUCGUUCGAAAGAAAGGCAGAAGCUCUUUUGUUGUUGGUUUGGAGCCCUUUCAAUGGAUUAUGGAUCAGUAAUUUAAUAAAAAAAUUGUCAAAAAACACUUUGUUAGGUUAAGCUUAUCGGAAUUUGUUUGGGAACCAGAUCAAUUUCUGUGUGAUCAUCAAAAAAAAAUUUUUAAGGAACACCUCUGUAUUUAUCUCAGGGUUGAUUUUCAGUAUAUUUAGGCGUAAACGUCUUUUUCCUGUCGCGUUGUUGCGCGCGCAUCUAUCCAGGACUUCGCUUCAACACUUGAAGACAUCAAGACUGUGCCUUUAUACAGAUAUUAAUUUGUUGGGUAUAUAAAUGUAGCCAAACGAUCUUUAUUUAUAAUAUUUCCAAAUCUUCUCAGUCUUCUAUGUCAGCAUUUAUAUUAAAUGAUCUCUUCAAAUCUGCAGGCUUUCAGACCGCCAACUGAGUACUGCCUAUCCUUUCUGAGAUAAAGGAAAUUAUUGCCAGGUCAUUUGUUUUUUGUUGCCAUUUUGUGUAUCGUCAUGCAAGUGAAUUUGAGUAUUUAAGCAUGGUGUGAUGGUGAUUGGCCUGAAAUCGAACAGGUAAACGAGCCUGUUAAUGUGUCGUGUGUAUUUUGAAGUCUUUUAAUUGAAUAUCAUGGAGUAUUUAAUGUCCAAUUUACGUAUUUAAUAAUGUCAUAGGAGAUACGUGUAGACCGUACCUAACCGAGACUGUCGUUCGAUGUUUCCUCGAAAGAAACGCAGAAGGGCUCGAUUUGCUGUCGUUUUGAAAUAAUCGUCAGCCGUUUAUACAUUUGCAACCACUUUUAACGUAUUGUUGCAAAGCAACAUUUACAGGAUCUCCCCAUGAGCCAAAGGGGAUCACAUUCGAUUUUAACGGAAAACCAAAACGGGUGAAUCUUACGAAACGAAGAUGAUUUACAAAUAAUGUUGUACUUUGUAAUUAAGCAAAGGAAACAUAUUUUGCAGAAAGAGAAAUUCUCAUUAAUGUAAUUCAACAAAAAUAAAAAAUAAUAAAAAUGGAAAUAUACACAAUUAUUACAAAAAUGUUACAAUGCUAAAGCCUAAAAUAUGCUUAAUUUUUUUAUGCAAAAUAUAUAUUUUGUUUUGUAAGAUUCACCCAUUUAAUGCUGACAUAAACAAUGUCUUAUUUAUGAUUAAUGUCCAAUUAAAAAAAUACUUUUUUGCUUAUUGUGAUUUUUGACUUUAAAAUUUGAACGAAGUGUUAAUGAGUGUUGAAUGUCAUAAACCUGCAAAAAUUUAAUAGGAAUUGGUAAAAUUUGAUAGUAGGUUUUUUUCUACAAACAAACAAACGGUUUGUUCCCCAUGUUCAGGGGAAAUGUCCACAUUGCACACACAUAUGCGUAAGAGGAUAUUUCAGUUACUUGAAAACAAGGGUUGUGCACACAAACAAGCUUUAGUGUUUUAGCUUAUAGCUGUAGUAUGUAGUUUUGAAACGAAUGAUCGAUUGUGCGCGUGUUUGUCCAAUGGGAGUGCUGUGUUCACCUCAUUUCUGUAUUGUUUGUUCCCACUGAAACAUUGCUUGUUGCUUGCACUCAUAUUGACUUUUUUUUGUGAAAUGGGGUGUUGCGUUGUGAUCUGUUCACCAUGAUUCUUAACAUUGGGAAAUGUAAUAAUUUGCGAUGGUUUCUCCCAUGUUAUUUCAUGAUAGACUUCUUAAAUUAAGGUACACUUUAACGUAAGAAAAUAGAUGUUUGUAUAUUAUACUCCAUUAAGGAAUGUUUAGAAUUAUAUUUCUCCAAUGUGGAUGUAGUUGUAAUACAGUUUUUCUUUUUGUACAAGAAUUCACUGUGUGAAAUUUCGGAUUGCAUUUUUUGUAUAAUACAAUAGCUUUUCUUCUGUAAGAGGGCAGGGGUAUUACUUACUGGAUUUUGGAAUUAGAUAUUGAAAUUAUUUAAUAAGAAAUGUAUUUUAUUUGCAGCAGUGAUUCUGGCAUGGAUUAUGAAUAAAUGAUAUUAAAUGAAA